AAAUCACAAUAAAUUCUCCAAAGUCCGACCGAGAGAACAGAGAGAGAGACUCAGAGGACAAGGGAGCGCGCGAAAACUAGGGAAAAGUGGAAAGAUGAUCAUUCCUGUUCGCUGCUUCACCUGUGGAAAGGUGAUCGGCAACAAGUGGGAUACGUAUCUUGAUCUUCUCCAGGCCGACUACACCGAGGGAGAUGCCCUUGAUGCAUUGGGAUUGGUACGGUACUGCUGCAGAAGAAUGCUAAUGACUCAUGUUGACCUCAUAGAGAAAUUACUUAACUACAACACUUUGGAGAAAACCGAGUCCAGUUGAGCUGGUGUUACCCUUGAAAGGGGUAUUUCUGUCUCCGUGGGUAUUAGAGCUUGUUCCACACCACAUUCUGCCUGUUACUAUUAUGUCAGUGUUUCAUGUUGGAAAUAGAAUGAGAACUUGAACACUGAAACAUAUCAUGGUUGUGUUAGCUAUGGAUUAGUGCUCCUCGAACCUAUACGGUAAUACAGUAAUCUGAAAAUAUGAAAUAGUUGACCUUCCAUCUUUGAUGACACAGUAAACCUCAUCUUGGUUCCCUGUUCUUUGGUAUUACAUGUAUGGCACUACCGCACUAGUACUUGUUAAACAGAUGAUCAUCUGGUAUUAUGGUUCUUUUGGUUUGAAGUUGGGUUUGCAUUUCUAUGGUUAA